AUGCAGAUACCUGUUACAAAUAAAAAAGUUUAUGUUGCCCUCGAGUUUGAAGCUUUCAUCCUAACAAAUUGCCCAAUAGAGUUCACGGGCGGGAGAAAGGAGCCUAAGGAGUUCAGUCACACCGCCGACGGCCAUCUUCAACAACGCCGGCGUCUGUGUUUCUUCUUUACUUUUCCCAUUUGGAAUAUUGGAGCAGCAAUGGAAGCCGUGAGACCUAAGCUUGUGUGUGUGGGAGUGAGAGAGAGUGAAGAGGAUUAUAGACCUUACUAUUGCAGGGCGGCAACAGGUGCAAUGAGGGUCGCCAUGAGCAAAACAUGGUGGGUUGGCUUGACCGCAUAUCUAAAGACGAGGGGCUCUUGCUGCCCAUGGCUUUGGGUCUUGAAUGAACAGAUGCCUCUACAGGAUAACAAGUGCCGACCUUCAUUACUGGGUUGGGCACAUCUUCAUCUGGAUCUGUCCAUUUUAGCUGAAGUUGAUGAUCUUCAGUCAAGACUGAUGGCUCCUUAA